AUGCACCGCCCGCGCAAAAUCGCCUACUAUCCGGCAUGGGCCAUCUACGACCGCAAGUUCAACCCCGCCGACGUUCCCGUCGAGCGCCUGACUCACAUCAACUACGGCUUUGCCAACCUCGUGAACAAUAAGAUUGCGCUAGGCGACCCCUGGGCCGACGUCGAGAAGCCGUGGCCCGACACUCAGUACCAGCCUGGUGACAUCAAGGGCAGCUUUGGCGAGUUCAACAACCCUGCCAGCCCGGUGCGCCGCCGCAACCCACAUCUGCGGUCCAUCAUCUCUGUAGGCGGAUGGACGUGGUCGGCCGGCUUCUCAAAGAUGACGUCGGCGUACGAGUCACGCAUGGAGUUCAUCCGGUCCGUGGGCGAGUUCCUGCAAAAGUACCAGUUCGACGGAGUCGAUAUCGACUGGGAGCAUCCCGUUGAGGGCGGCAUGGAGGGGAACCCACAUUCGCCAGCCGAUGCGACUAAUUACGCCCACCUGCUGUACGAUCUGCGCACGCACCUGGACUCGCUGCCGCCCCCGCGCUUCGGCCGCUACGAGAUUAGCAUCUCGACGUCAGCCGCACGCAGCGUCUACAGGCACCUGGAUCUCGCCGCCAUCGCGCACGUUGUUGACACAAUCAACAUCAUGACAUACGACUAUGCUGGUGCCUGGUCGCCCACCACUGCGCACCAGCAGAACCUGUUUGAGUCAUCGCUGGCCUCCUCGGGCAUCACCGGUGACACGACCGUCUCUGACUACAUCCGCGCUGGUGUGCCUCCUGAGAAGGUUGUCCUUGGCAUCGGCUUCUACGGCCGUGGAUUCGCCCACGUCAAGCACGAGCAGGGCCGUGGCCCAGUGCCAGGCCUUGGAUGUCCCUUCUCGGGCGUCCCCAAGGGCACGUGGGAGGAUGGCGUCUUUGACUACAAGGCGCUGAGAGCAGACCAGAUGCUGGCCAACUCAUCAUAUACACCGUACUGGGACGACCGCGCCCAGGCACCGGUGCUGUACAGCGAAAAAGAGUGCGUGCUGAUUACCUUUGACGACCCCGUGUCAGUGAGCUGGAAGGCCGACUAUGUGCUGCGCCGGCGCUUGGGCGGUGUCAUGAUCUGGGAGAUCACCCAGGACUACAACAGCGAGCUGCUGGCCAAGAUCUGCGAGUACCUGGGCUAG